AUGUUGCUUCCGUCCAACAGCGUUGUGGACACUUCUUCUCCUGUCGCUUCUCAUCACGAUGAUUACAAAGUUCAUGAUGGCAAAUCCGAUCAUGGUGCAGUCUACAAAAUAGUAGUUCCGAAAUGCUCUACUGAGAGAGUAAGGCCAUGUAUUAAGGGAAUGUAUAUUUGGUGUCAUGGAUAUCGACCUAUUGGAAUACCGUUAACAGCAGUUUUUGACUAUUAUGCAGAGCCUUAUGCAACUCUUUUAAGAAGAGGUUUUAUUUUAGCUUCCACCUCAUAUCGUAGAGAAGGAUAUAUUUUGAAAGAUGCAGUGGACGACAUUGAUGAAUUGAGACGAUAUAUACUUGAUCGUUUCAUUUCUCCAAACGAUUCGUCAGCACAUGAUUUUACUGUAUUAUUAGAAGCUGAGAGCAUGGGAGGUGCUAUUGUAACACUUCUGAAUGAGAGAUAUUCUCGAAAGCAGUAUCAUGGAAUUAUUGCCACUGGAGCUGCUUUAUUUAUUCAAAAAGAUCCUGUCGAUGAUCCUAUUCAAUUUUUGUACACACCUCAUGUACCUCAAAUUUACAUUUGCAAUUCUUCUGAGGUUUCCAUUGUAAAAGAAUAUAUUGAACAAGCAAAGAAGAAACAACAGCAAGGAGAUUCGUCAAUUGUCGUUCCGAAUUUAUUAACAGUUGAAAGAGAAGGACAUUGUGAAGUAUUUACUGAGGAAAUUCAAAUAGCGUUUUCUGCACUAUUUGAAUGGCUGAAAGACGAUAGUUAUUUUGAUCGUUUGAAUCAAGAGUCUCACGACAUUACAUUGUAUACUUUAGAGAUAGAAAGGGAGUUCAAUAAUCAAACUACUAACAAGUUACAAAUUGUUUCAGAGAUGAUCAAUUCACAACCAGUUCGAGGAGUAUGGGUUUUAGUGGAUGAAGUAACUCUGUACAAUGAAGUGAUCUUGCGAAUUGGAAGAGAAGAUUUUAGAAAAUUAUUUAUUUAUCCAUACAAUCAAUUUACAGUUUAUGUGUCCAUGAACAGCAAUAGCAAUGAAAAGUUCUCUUUGGAUAAGGCGAAAAAGUUUGAAAUUCUCCAUGCCUCUUAUCCUUUUACAGGAAUUUCCAUGGAUACAUUGGUAUCAAGUUUUAAUGUUGACGACAAUUUGGUGAUACGAAGACACUUUACCGGAAAUAACUUGAAUGCAGCAGCGACAGAGAUGGGUGUACAAAUAUCUCAUUGGGUGUUUAUUUUAGAGAAAGCUGUAAGAAGAACCACACGAUUAAAUCAAUAA